AUGCUACACACGUCGGAUAGUGUACAUCACAGUUACACAUGGUCUGAUGACACUGGAGCUGGUGCAGGGAAGCGGUCCAAGAUGUACCAUUCAACACCAAUGCCUCAGACAUCCACAAAUUCUAUAAGCACCUGGGACAUCGAUGGGGGACUGGCUGCUGACUUUGAUGGGUCCCUGUCGGGUCUGGGCACUGAGCUGGGAACUGCCAGUUACAAUAUGAGUGAAGCCUUACUUGCUUUGCCAGUUUUUAAACAAGAGAAUCUAGAUAAUGGAUUCCAGUAUAUUCUUGGGGCAGCCACAUCACCUGCUGUGAAAAUGAAUGAAGAAACAUUAACAUAUCUCAACCAAGGUCAGUCAUAUGAAAUCAAGCUGAAGAAAUUAGGAGACCUGUCUGAACUCCAGGGAAAGUUUUUGAGGAGUCUGGUCAAAGUGUUAUUUCAUGACCGAAGACUACAGUUCAUGGAGAAGGAACAGAUUGAUUCCUGGAAACAAAUGAGACCAGGAGAACGUAUUUUGGAUAUAGACAUUCCACUAUCAUAUGGGUUGAUAAAUGUCAACCUGGAUGCAGUCCGCCUCAAUCAGCUGGAGUUUAUAUGGGAUCCAACAAAGGAAACGGGCAUCUAUGUGCGGGUACACUGUAUAUCCACUGAGUUCACUGCCAAGAAACACGGAGGGGAAAAGGGUGUUCCAUUUAGAAUUCAGGUUGAAACAUACACAAACACAGAUGAUGCUAAAUUACUUCAUGCAGCUUCGUGCCAGAUCAAAGUUUUUAAGCCUAAAGGAGCAGACAGAAAACAUAAAACAGACAGAGAGAAAAUGGAGAGGAGGCCAGAAGUAGAAAAGGAGAAAUACCAGCCAUCAUACGAGUGUACAGUUUUGACUGAGGUACCUAAAGAGCAGAUUUUACAUCCUAAUAUGGCUUACAGCAAAAGUCAGUCAUUGUCAAGUAGCUUUGCAGAGCUCAAUUGUACAGCAUCACCAAGUCCGUCUAUCAGCCCACCACGCAGCAGUUCCUCUCAUUCCUCCCAUGCAACACUUCCAUUCUCACAACCUCCGAGUCAAGAGACACUGGAGGUACUUGCAGUGGCUAAAGAAGCAGUUGAUGUGAGAUCUGGGCCCCUGCCCUCUGAUGCCCAUGCAGCAGAAGUGUCUCAGUGGCUUCACUACCACAGGUUCUCAAAUUAUGUUCGAGUAUUCCAGAAUUUCUCAGGUGCAGAUCUGUUAAGACUUAGCAGAGAUGACCUGAUCCAGAUCUGUGGCCUGGCAGAUGGUAUUAGGUUAGAUAAUGCCUUGCAAGCCAG